AUGAAUGGUGCACCCGGUAGUGACCACCAUAUCCCCUUCCCCAUCGCGAUUCGCUCAAGCUAUGGCUUUUAUCUUGGCUAUUCUUGCGUGGUCUCCCGUGGUGUCUUGUCCAUUGUCUGGUUUGCUGUCAACUGCUGGGUGGGCUCUUUUGCUGUGACAGAGACAAUCGCUGCCUUGUGGCCCGAAUACAAAUUGAUCGAGAACCAACUUCCUACAAAUGCUCGAAUUACAUCGCUACAAAUGACUUCUUAUUUAGUCUUCUUCUUGAUACAACUACCUUUCUUUUUCAUUCCUAUGACAAGGCUCAGGUCAGUAUCGGUUCUUUUCUCGAUUAGCAUGGUUGUCUGGAUUUGCGCCAAAGCCGGAGACUUGCAAGGAAUCUUCAAUCAGCCUGCAAGCGUUUCUGGCGCCACUCGCACAUGGCUGUGGCUAUCGACAUUUAGUGCGACGACAAAUUCAUGGCUGAGCUCGGCAAUUAACAUGUCGGAUUUCGCCCGUUUCAGUAAGACAAGAUAUGCUCCAUAUUCACAAAUUCCGACGAUCCCGAUAAUCAAGACAGUUUAUGCAGUCUUGGGUAUAGCAACUGUGGGUGCUAGUCGUGUCUUAUAUGGGGCCGACAUCUGGAGUCCUGUUGAAAUUUUGCCACUAUGGACAGGAUCUGGCGGUCGAUUUCUCGCAUUCCUAUGCGGGUGCCUCUGGAUUCUCGCGCAGAUCUCAUGCAAUAUCUCGGCCAAUGCUGUACCUUUUGGUCAUGAUCUCAUGAAUGUCUUCCCCAUGUGGAUCAAUGUGCGGCGGGGGACGAUUCUCUGUCUCCUCGUCGGUUCGUGGGCUGUCGUGCCUUGGAUGCUAGUCAAUAGUGCAGCCGAAUUCCUUCAGUUCAUGAACGGGUACGGUUGUGUUGUAUGUGGAAUCGUGAGCAUCAUGAUUUCCGACUAUUGGUUGGUACGCCGGAGGAAACUGGACAUACCAGCGCUGUACGACCCGCACGCACGCUAUCGUUACUUCGGCGGUUUCAACUGGAGGGCGGCAACAACUCAGCUUUGCUUCAUGGCGUUAUCACUGCCUGGGUUGAUCAACCAGAUCAGCCCUUCCGCCACCAUACCGGAUGGUCUUUUGCACUUGUAUGAGCUGAACUGGUUCAUAAACACUUUAGGACCAUUGUUACUCUACUGGAUGCUGUGGAAAUUUUGGCCGGCUAGGGAAACUUUGGUUUCAAAGACGAUUUCCGCAGUAAUUAUACCAAGUAUGGGCGAAGAUGUUGGUGAGGGAAUGGGCUCGUCAGUAGGUAUGAGGGGCAAGUCGGAAAAGCAAGAAACUACGUCUCAUAUCUGA